UCAAUCGCCAUUUUGAAGUUGCUCGUCUGUCAGCAAAGUUCAGUGUUUUGCCAGUUUUGCGUCAAACUGUAGCAGCUUUAGUCAAAUUUCCGGACUCCGAACUUUGCUUCGCACCACAGUUUUGAGGGCUUUCCAGUUUGGAAACAUUGGAUUUCAUAUAAAAUGAGUGCUGCCGCCCUAUUCGCCUGUUCUCGCUGCUUUGCCCGUUUCCCGUUUGAGGAACUGUCUGCAGGUCAACAGCUUUGCAAAGAAUGUCGCGGCGCAUUUCCAGUAGUAAAGUGCACGUACUGUCGUUCCGAAUUUCAACAAACAUCGAAAGGUAACACGAGCACAAUUUGCAAAAAAUGCGAGCAGAACGUAAAGUCUUAUGGAAAGCCCACGGCGUGCGAAUACUGCAACAUUAUUGCAGCGUUUAUAGGGAACAAAUGCCAGCGAUGCACCAAUUCCGAAAUUAAAUAUGGGCCUCCAGUUAAUUGCGAACAGUGCAAACAGAAAUGCGCCUUCGAUAGGCAAGACGAUGACAAAAAGGUGGACGGAAAGCUGUUGUGUUGGCUCUGCACGUUAUCAUUUAAAAGGGCACUUGCCAAAACUAAGCAAGGAGAUGCGGACAGGAGGGCGCAUCUUAAAAUGUCCGGCAUUAAAAAGCACAAGGAAGGAAAGCCGCGAGGGCACAACAAGCGCCCCAAUCGCCCCGAUGUGACCAAAAUGCCCGUUCCCGACGAACAGCCACUGAACAAGAUGGCCCGAGUGAAUCCCGCUCCUGGGAUGAGAGGCGAGUUGGACCCUAACAGUUCAGAUCACGUUGUGGCGAUGACGCAACUCAAAGAGCAGAUCGCCAGCCUGAAGAAGCAAAUCUCUCAGAGGGAUAAUCAGUUGCUUUCGAAAGAUAAAACGAUAACUGAGCUGAAGGCAAAACAUUUCACAACCGAAGCGGAGUUGCGUGGCAAAAUGAAGAACUGCCAAAAGGCGCACGAUGAUAAAGUGGAUACUUUGAAUAAACGAAUAACGGUGCUACUGAAACAAGUGGCUGGCCUUUCGAAAACCGGCAAGAAACUCCCAAAAAGUGAACAAUUGGCAUCAGUGAAUUCGGACACUAAUAAUAGUAGUGGAACAGACAGCCCUAGCUUACAAUAAAAUUUUAGUCUAAAACCCGAAUAGACGAUCAAUUAAUUUCUUCAUUUCAAUUCGCUGCAGGUACAAAUUUGGUUGGACAUGCGAUAAACAUUUCUGCGUUUGAUUAGCAGCAACUAAUGCAAAGCAAGAUUUUAUUCAUAUAAUUUACCCUUGAGUGCGGUUAUUGACUAGACUUCCAGUUCUGAGCAUUUUUUCAGAUUGGAAAAUCAUGUAUUAUUUUCCUCAAUUAGACGGCAAAAGUCGCGCAAUUGUAAUUGUUCAUUCUUUAUCUACAUCUAUUGAGUUAUAAGUUUAGCGAAAGCUAGUUUUAUUUACAUAAAUUAUUUUUGUAAAUUAGUCUAAAUAUAAAACAAAGUGUGA